AGCGUUCCUGCGAUCUGCAAGAAAAAAAAAAAAGAUUCCGGUUCAAGAGGAGACCGGGUCUUCGCCUCGGGAGUCCACGAGAGUGUCCUGGAGGAGGAGGGAGGAGGGUCUCCUUCGACCGACAGCCGGGUGCUUAGGGGUCUCACAGUACAGCAGCCUGACCUGGAACUCACUCAGUAGCAUGGAACUCUUUGACAAUGCCCCUGCUUUUAGCUGGGGAAAUAAAGUGCUGAGAUUAAAGGCAGAAGAUGGCUCAAAAUCAACCUUUGCUGGCAGUGCAGGAGGCCCUGAAGAAGUGCUUCCCUGUGGUGGGGGAACAGCAGGGCCUGUGGCAGAGCACUCUGCAUGACUGCUUGCCCCUGCUAGCCUCCCUCAGCAACCUGGCGGAGCAGCUGCAGGCCUCGCAGAAUCUGCGGUUCGAGGAGGUACCUGCCCUUCGGUCCUUCCCAGACUUACAGGAGCGGCUCAAGCGCAAGCAGCUGGAGGCUGGUGACACGGUCCUUGACAAGCUAGCGGAGAAGUUGGCCUCCCUUCUCAAGGUGCGCGACGCCGUCAGCAACCACGUGGAGCGCGUGUUUCACACUUACGAGCAACACGCAGCCAUGCUCAGUAUGGAUGCUGUCCUGCAGCCCUCAGUUUUGAGCCCCUCAGUGGCUGACAUGUUGGAGUGGCUACAGGACAUUGAGAGACAUUAUCGAAGUUCGUACCUGAAGAGAAAGUAUCUCCUCUCCUCAGUCCACUGGGGAGACCUGGAAGGCAUCCAAGCAUUGCCCAAGGCCUGGGACCAGAUCUCUGAAGAUGAGCACCAAGACCUUGUGCAAGAUAUCCUAUUGCACGUUUCCUUCUUCCUGGAGGAGCAGGGGAGCAGCAUGUUAUCUGGAGACCUGGAGCUCCACAGUUGAGGACUCACAUUACCACGCUCUGGUGCUUCUAUGUAAACAUCGGCAUUGAAGCGGACAUGUUCUAGAAGUAUUGUCCAGAACCUCAGAACUUGGUCUUAGGAGGGCUGGGGAUAGAUAUGUCUGGGACUUCUCCACGCCAGGUAAUGGCUAAAAGUACAGGGGCUCAGGGACUGGAUGGAGGGAGAGAGAACUACCUGAGGCUCGGGGAAGGGGACAGAGGCAGAGACCUCAGUGUCUGUGUCUGUGGUAGGUAAGAUUUGGAGUGGCAGGGAAGGAGAGGUCGGGUGGACAAGAGGCUGCCUCUGCAUUUUCUCAUGUGCUGUGUUUGAUUAGCACCAGGUCCUAGCUCUCCUAGCUGUAUGUAAAUCCCUGAUUUCUUAAGACAUAAAGAAAUGAAUGGAUCUGGUAGCAGGGUUAAUGGUGGUGGGCAUUUGACAUGCACGAGACCCUGAGUUCAACUUCCAGAACUCAAAAGGGAUGCAAGGCCAGGACACAGUAGCACAUGCCCUUAAUCCCAGCACUCAGGAGUCAGAGACAGGUAGAAUCACUGUGAAUUCUAGGUCAGCCUGGAUUAGAGCAAGACACUGCCUUGAAAACACCAAAAAGCAAAAAUAGAAGAGGGAUGGAAGGAGGGAGGAAGGAAGGAAAGAAAUGGGCAAGAAGGGAAAGGAGAAAGGAAGCUGGUGUGUUUCCAGAGCCCACCACCAGAGGGGGGUGGUGCAGCAGGAGCUGUCCUGAUGCUUUGUCCUUGAAAGUGGUCCCUUGUUGCUGUCAAGAUCUGAGGUGAAGUAACUGGAAAUAGUGAGGGCAGGGAUGGGGGGGACAUUAUAUGUGCCACAUCUUUCUGAGAUGGAAUCCAGCUAAGAGCAGGUUUCGGGCCCCAUGACUAUCUAUGAAUGGCCACAUGCUGUCAAAGCUUCCCAGCUCCCUCCUCCCUAGGCUUUGAGAAAUUCAGGUCAUUCAUGUAAAGAGGUUUAUCACAGACUAUGGGUAUUUUGCAAAAUAAAGUAGUUUUGUUCUCAUUGCAUUUUUUUUUUUCCAGAGGUAGGGUCUGACUCUAGCCCAGGCUGACCUGGAAUUCACUAUGGAGCCCCAGGGUGGUCUGGAACUCACUGCGAUCCUCCUACCUCUGUCUCCCAAGUGCUGGGAUGAAAGGCAUGCUCCACCAUGCCCAGCUUGCAUUUUUUUUUUUUUUUAAUUAAAGGAGAACUAUAGAAAAAGCUCUGGGAGGAGGGUACUUAAUAGGUUGAUAUUGUAUAUAUGUAAGUACAAUGAUUGAGAUGGGGAGGUAAUAUGAUGGAGAAUGGA